CUGAGUCAAAGCUUUGUGUGCUGCAUAAAUAGUGCAAAGUGCGUGUUAAACUUUUAUGUUUAAGUUUUGUCAGUUUGCUGUAAGAAAUUUAACGAUGUCAAUUUCGAAAAAGCCUGAAGUUGUAUUCAUUUUGGGUAGGCCUGGAGCUGGUAAGGGAACGCAAUGCGAACACAUUGUCAAUAAGUACGGUUAUGUUCAUCUGUCAGCCGGUGAUCUUUUACGUGAGGAGCGUGUAAAACCAGGCUCAGAAUUUGGCGAUUUAAUUGAAAAUCAUAUAAAAAACGGUACAAUUGUUCCCGUUGAAAUAACAUGUAGUCUAUUGGAUCGUGCCAUGCAAAUUUCUGAUAAUGAACACAAGAGAUUUCUCAUUGAUGGAUUUCCAAGAAAUGCUGAUAAUCUGCAAGGCUGGACUAAGACGAUGGAGGACAAAGUAGAUUUAAAAGGAGUUUUCUACUUUGACUGCAAUAAUGAGACGUGCGUGACUCGUUGUUUAGCUCGUGGAGCUGAAGGAAGUGGACGUAGUGAUGAUAAUUUAGAAAGUUUAAAAAAACGCUUGGAUAAUUAUGUUAUAGACACUGUACCAAUUAUUGAACAUUACGAUCGUGAGGGUUGCGUUCAUAAAUUUGAUGGAAUGAAGAAGCCCGAAGAAAUAUUUCAAGAAGUUGAAGAAGUAAUGUCAAAAAUUGGCUGGAAAUAAGAAACGUUUACUUAUAUAGCUAUCAAAAUAUUCUUUCGUAUUUCAAUUUUACAUUAUUAUGCAAUUGACACUUUUGGCCGAUUCUCAUUUUCUUUUUAACAGGAUAUUUUUUAAGUAAGAGACAUAUAAUGUGAAACAAGUUAGAAAUCUUUUUUCUUUCAAAAAAAAAAAACAGACAAUAAAAAGACAAUUUUUUUAAGCAAAUU